GAACUGCUGGGGUCAGCUUUAUUGUGAGCCUCAACGUUGUGUGCAGCUUCAUACGCACACCUCCGUUUUACGACUCUGGGCUUUGAACUCGGCCUUCCCUUCUCGGUCGCUCGAAUUCAGGGCGGUUCGUCUCACUCCGCUCUCUCCUUUUUCACGAACGUGGCGCCAUCAGCUCUCCUCUUGCACUCAUGUCGUCCGGCCUCGUCGACCGGCUACCCUCCUACCUGGCCCCCUUCCUCACCCUGUCCUAUCGGGUGGAUACCCCAGAAAAUGUAGACUCGUUUCCUGAUGCCACAUAUUACCACAGUGGGCAACUGGACAUCUGCUUUAUCAUAUCCUGCAUAGCGGUCAUGGCCGUCUUACGCGAUGCGUUACGUCUCGGUGUUUUUGAGCCAUUUGCUAGAUGGAAACUCACCCGAGACUUGGACCUAAAACGCGCUGCAUCCAAAAGAAAAGCAAACGGUUCGGGGAACGGACACGUCAACGGCACGCAUUCGAAAAAGGAGCUUCAGCACCUGCAUCGCAGUGUCCUUCGGUUCGGAGAGCAGGGGUGGUCAGUGGCAUACUAUCCCGUCGUUUGGGGUUAUGGUCUUUACGUCAACUACAUGCUGCCAACACAGCUGACCGAUUAUCGAGCCCUGUGGACGGGCUACCCUCACAUUCCUAUGCCCGGACCCGUCAAGGCGUACUACUUGUUAGAGACUGCCUUCUAUAUCCACCAAGUGCUCGUCUUAAAUGCCGAAGCGCCUCGAAAAGACCACUACCAGAUGAUGGCGCACCAUUUUGUCACCGUUUUCUUAAUGGGUGCCAGUUAUUAUCACCAUUUCACGCGUGUUGGCUGCCUGAUCAUGGCUCUCAUGGACUGCUGUGACAUCUUUCUCCCUCUUGCCAAGAUGUCCCGCUACAUCGAAACUCCCAAAUGGGUAUCUGACAUGCUGUUCGCACUGUUUCUUGUUUCCUGGUUUGUGACCAGACAUGUAUUGUUCUCCGGAGUUAUCUGGUCUGUCUACAUGAACGUGGGCGCGCUAGUCAACUUGCCAUCGUACUACGCCUUGGUCAUCCAGUUGGGAUGGUUUGCAAUGAUUUGUCGUGUAGCGUGGAGGGUGGUUUCGACUGGAGAGGUUGCUGACGACAGCCGAAGCGAUGAGGAAGGCAUAAUGAGCUAUUUCGGGCGCCGCGACACAAAGCAGUCGACACGGGCAGCUAUCGUCGGGCUCAGAGAGCAGCUUCAGAUGAUAGAGAAGAAGGAGGAGCAUCUACAGAAGAAGAUUGACCAGGAGCUGAAGAUUGCCAAACUGAAUGCUGUAUCGAACAAAGCACUGGCAACUGCCGCUUUGAAGAGGAAGCGUGUAAACGAGACGCAGCUAGAUCAGCUCCGGGGCCAACAGCUCCAACUCGAGAUGCAAGUGAACACGCUGGAGUCUGCCAACCUCAACGUAGAGACGAUGGCUGCCAUGAAGAAAGCUGCCGAUGUCUUACAGCAGAUACACUCUGGCAUGUCCGUGAACAAGGUCGAUGAAAUCAUGGCCCAGAUUGCAGAGCAGAACGAGAUAGCUAGAGAUGUUACGGAGGUAAUUUCGAAUCCCACGCACUUGGAUCAAAUGCCCGAGGACGAACUUGAGGCAGAGCUAUCCGCAUUGGAGGACCAGGUGCUGACGGAGCGGCUGGCGGGUGCUGAGCACGUACCAUUGCAUACGCCUGAGGGGGCAAACAGAGUCCGUAGCCCACCCGUUGCGGCCGAAGACGACGAGGAGGAGGCACUUCGACAACUGCAAGCGGAGAUGGCUAUGUAACGACUUUCAAUGUUCUAUCUAUAUCGCCUGGGAUUCUCUACACAUCUCUGCCACUGUUCUAAUAUUCGUUGUACAAUCACUCUGUGGUCCACGGUCAGAGCAAGAUCAUAUGUUUUACAUCAUUAAGUCGGUCGGCACUUGCUAUACUGAUGGAUUAAGAGCAUGAAACCCCGCAAUUAAGAUAUCCCUCCUGCUGUACGAAGCCCGAGCACCCUACGGACAUCGGACGUAAAACGCAAAGAGUCUAGGACCGGAAGCAAAUCUAACAGCGCCUCGUCUGACGGAUCAUGAGUCCAGCCCUCUAUUGGAAUCCCAUUCGCUACCAAACGCGUGAUCAGAGUAAUGGCCCCGCGUCGUCAGGUUCUACGCACCUUCAUUCACUCUGUAACUUAUCGGAGAGUUGUCGACAAUGCAGACCCUCGAAAGAUCCGAGUCGACCACGGAUAGGUCUUUCGUAAACGAGCCGUUAGGCAACUGCGUGCAGGACUAGAACGCCCUGUGAGAGACUGGACUUUCUCUGAUUUGAAUCCCAAACACGCACAUCCCGGUAGAAUCUGUGGACCAGUAUCCCCCGGCCUGCAUCUAGCCAGUCAAUGACUGGAUUGGCGUACUCUUGCACAGACGCCGUAAAUAUAACGAGAGUGUACCAUCCAGAAACCUAGAAAAUCAUCAACCAGGACCGUCGAUGCACGCGCCUGACUAACCGUCCGGAGAAAGAAAUCGACAAACGGUCGCUUGUGGACGUGAUAUACCGUGCUGUGGUCCCCCAAAACGACUUCGACCAUGAUCGCGGAGGAGUUGCUCCGCCCGAGACUGAGAAAGCCGGAGCUGCCGGACUGCAUCGGUCGCGAUGUGGAGUGGAUGAGCGUUUCAUCGAGAUCGAGAACCAGAGUCUUUGGCAAGAGGAACGGGGUGCGGCGGGCGGUAUGCAUGGAAGGAGUGGACACGGCUGGUGAUGUAUCGUCAGCCGCGGCAGUCGGGUUUGAUGGACGUGGUAGUGGUGGUGGUGCGACAGAGGGCACGCGGGCUGGCGGCUCCUCGUCGCCGCUGUCGUUCUCCAGCACACGCAGUUCGCUCUCCAAAACAGCCACACGUCUCCUCCGGAGGAAGCCUGCAUGCCCGGUCACCGACGCCAGAGCUGCGCGUAACGCGUUCCAUGUGAGCACGAGCACUCGUACAAUGAAGGUUCGACGUAGCACGGCCUCGAGGUAGAUUACAGUGGGCGCGGUGUCGUGGGAUGUGGUCGAUACAGCCGCUGAAGCCGAUGAGGGCUGCGGCCGUUCGGAGGCAAGGGCUAUGACGUCUGCGGGAGACGAUGCGGAACGUUUGAGACGGGAUUUGGAGGAACGAGAAUCUUUGGGAGGGAGGAAAAAGGACUUGGUAGACCAGCUUUUCGCGCUCGGAAGUGAGGACGAUUCGGAUCGAGGACGCGAUUCAUCCAGGUAGUGGCCACGUUCAUUUUCGGCGGCCGGCGUAGGUGGCGGAGUCUUUGCGGAAGCUAACGCGUCGAAUUGACGAGAGAGAUAGCUGAGAGAGUUCAUGAGACGGACACGUCCAGCGUCGUACGAGCGCUAUUAGCGCUGAAUCUUUGAAGCCGAAUCGGGACGAGUGUGAGAGCCAAGCGAAUGCACGUUUCUUUCACAAGGUGAUAGGUCAGGUGAUGUCGAGGCAUCUUAUAGACUUGGGUCAUUGGUGCAUGUUUUGCAGCAUGUUGUUGUGCAGGGCAUUAGACAGAAGUAUCAUUAUGUAUUCAUAGAAUGUAGCGGUAGCCCUUGGGCUUGCCCUGCUCCUCUUCGGCCCGCUCCAAUUUUCUGUUCUCGGCCUCCAACACCUUCCGGAAUGCCAAACACAUGGCAAUGCACAACGCGGAGCAGGCGAUGCAAAUGGCGUACGAGUUGCGGUAAGUAGGACCCCAUGCACUGUCAGUUAUGUCAGACACAGAAAGUCUCAGAAUCCAAAGCGACGCACGUGGGCCAGACAUAGCUGGAGGAGGGGAAAACCAAAACAAUUAGGGCGUUGCAUGAGGGAGAAAAGAUAUAGGCGCGUACCAGAUAUGUUUCCUAGCUGACUGAAAGAAUUGAUGAGCGCAAGAGCAACUGCUCGCUUUGAUGGCGGACGGGGGAACGAAUUGGAGCACCACGCAAGGAGCGCUGAAGGGCAAGAUCAGCAUGCAGAAACCACGAGGGUGAUUAUCGACUCACAAACGAAGCCGGCAUAUGACUGAGCCAUGAGGAAUCUUCACCAAGGAUGAGCGUCGAUCGUGUCAGCUGAACUAACAUGCUUACAGAGAGACGUAUCGAGCAGCAGUGUUCAUGGACGACAUGGCGAUGAUAUAGCCGACGAUUCCGAGGGCGAAGGAAGUGCACAUGUGGUAGGACCGUUCCCCGACUUUAUCAGAAUGACUGGGACCAAUAUAAAUACGAGGCCUCGGCUGCAGGUCAGACUGAGCCCACUCACCGAGCGACGAUAAAAGUCACGAUCGCAGCAAAGGCAAAGGGAGGAGCACACUGCCAGAUCUUGAGAUACCAGCGAAAAUAUGGAAAAACAUCUCAUACCAG